AAUUAUUUUCGACGAUUGUUCAGUAUGUUAAUUCAGUUUGAAAGGUUUUACGUAUAAAAACGUACGAAGCGAUCAUGUCGAAAUCAUAACGAACUUCGGCGUUGUCGAAAUGACUUUGAUUAGGCUUUUCGUGUUAGCGGCACUGCUUGUGGCAGUGACCGCAGGGCCUAUGCCGCAUCUGAAGGUUCACAAAACUGGACCCAUUCAAGGUCACAGAAAAUAUCACGCUAAACACGGAAAGACAAACAGCGGACCUCUCGAUUCUCUGAUUUUCUUCUCGAAAGGCCUGAACAAAAAGAAAUGCGGUGCCUCCGUUGAUGUAUUCUUAGAUAUAUCGAAGCGCAAGCACGCCAAAAAUUGGGAUGAAGCGCUUGACGUGACUUUCGGAACUGUCAAAGGCAUUUCUGGAAUCCUCGAUGGCUGGAUACCCGGAUUUGGAUCCAAAUUCGGAAAUCUCUUUGUCGGAAUUCUCAGAAUUGCGAUCUGCUCCAAGGAGAAGAAGCUAACAACAUUAUUGAGAGAUAGCCCGAAUAUAUGCCACCCCGAAUUCGGAACUAAAUGGGGCUGGUCGAAGCUAACCGGAAAGUUCGAGAGUUACAAGGAGAUCAUCAAGUUUUACAAACUAGAGAAGAUUCGCGAAGAACUCGACACUUUGCUGAAAAGAAGCAAGGAUGGAGAGAAGUGGGAGAAGACUGAAGGGUCAUCGAAAUUCAUUAUAACGACUGUACGAAGUCUAAUAGAAUUGCUGGAACGAGAACCGUCGAAAUGGGAUAAGAACUUCCUGCAAGUGAUAUUCGUGAAACUGUUCACGAUCAUGGGCGCUCUUGGAAACAGUUAUCAUCCGAAAUACAACCAAUUUUUUUUAAUAGGAUUUGCUGAAUACUUAGAAGACGUGGACACUAAAUACGAAUUAGGUUUCAUACAGAAAAUCAAAGAGAUCAAACAACGAAUAACUGUCUGCAAUAGGCACACUCUCAACGAGACUUUGAACAAAUCUAAGGACACUGAUUUCGAAAAAGAAUAUAAAACUGAUGAUGACGUUAAUAAUGAAGGCGAUGAGCAGGGAACUAAGGAUAAAGACUACAAACCUGCGAAACCAAAUGAACCUAAGAAAAACGAAAACGACGAUGACCCAUCCUCUAACGGAGGGAAAGGAGGCGAACCCUCUACUAAUGAGAGUAAAGAACAUAAAAACGGCAAACCUGAAGGUUCAAGAAAACCAGAACGUCCUGGGAAACCAGAGGGAUCUAAGAAAACCGGAAACGAUAAUGACGAUGACACAGACUUCAAAGGUAAGAAAGUGACUGAAGAUAGAGGGGAAUCCUCUACUGAUAAAAUUAAAGAUAAAAAGGACAAGUCUGAAGGUUCAAAAAAACCAGAACGUCCUGGGAAACCAGAGAAAUCUAAGAAAACCGGAAACGAUAAUGACGAUGAGACAGACUCCAAAAGUAAGAAAGUAACUGAAGAUAGAGGCGAAUCCUCUACUGAUAAAAUUAAAGAAAAAAAGGACAAGCCUGAAGGUUCAAGAAAACCGGAACGUCCUGGGAAACCAGAGGGAUCUAAGAAAACCGGAAACGAUAAUGACGAUGAGACAGACUUCAAAGGUAAGAAAGUAACUGAAGAUAGAGGCGAAUCCUCUACUGAUAAAAUUAAAGAUAAAAAGGACAAGCCUGAAGGUUCAAGAAAACCGGAACGUCCUGGGAAACCAGAGGGAUCUAAGAAAACCGGAAACGAUAAUGACGAUGAGACAGACUCCAAAGGUAAAAAAGUAACUGAAGAUAGAGGCGAAUCCUCUACUGAUAAAAUUAAAGAUAAAAAGGACAAGCCUGAAGGCUCAAGAAAACCGGAACGUCCUGGGAAACCAGAGGGAUCUAAGAAAACCGGAAACGAUAAUGACGAUGAGACAGACUCCAAAUGUAAGAAAGUAACUGAAGAUAGAGGCGAAUCCUCUACUGAUAAAAUUAAAGAUAAAAAGGACAAGCCUGAAGGUUCAAGAAAACCAGAACGUCCUGGGAAACCAGAGGGAUCUAAGAAAACCGGAAACGAUAAUGACGAUGAGACAGACUCCAAAGGUAAGAAAGCAACUGAAGAUAGAGGCGAAUCCUCUACUGAUAAAAUUAAAGAUAAAAAGGACAAGCCUGAAGGUUCAAGAAAACCGGAACGUCCUGGGAAACCAGAGGGAUCUAAGAAAACCGGAAACGAUAAUGACGAUGAGACAGACUCCAAAGGUAAGAAAGUAACUGAAGAUAGAGGCGAAUCCUCUACUGAUAAAAUUAAAGAUAAAAAGGACAAGCCUGAAGAUUCAAGAAAACCGGAACGUCCUGGGAAACCAGAGGGAUCUAAGAAAACCGGAAACGAUAAUGACGAUGAGACAGACUCCAAAGGUAAGAAAGUAACUGAAGAUAGAGGCGAAUCCUCUACUGAUAAAAUUAAAGAUAAAAAGGACAAGCCUGAAGGUUCAAGAAAACCGGAACGUCCUGGGAAACCAGAGGGAUCUAAGAAAACCGGAAACGAUAAUGACGAUGAGACAGACUCCAAAGGUAAGAAAGUAACUGAAGAUAGAGGCGAAUCCUCUACUGAUAAAAUUAAAGAUAAAAAGGACAAGCCUGAAGGUUCAAGAAAACCGGAACGUCCUGGGAAACCAGAGGGAUCUAAGAAAACUGGAAACGAUAAUGACGAUGAGACAGACUCCAAAGGUAAGAAAGUAACUGAAGAUAGAGGCGAAUCCUCUACUGAUAAAAUUAAAGAUAAAAAGGACAAGCCUGAAGGUUCAAGAAAACCGGAACGUCCUGGGAAACCAGAGGGAUCUAAGAAAACCGGAAACGAUAAUGACGAUGAGACAGACUCCAAAGGUAAGAAAGUAACUGAAGAUAGAGGCGAAUCCUCUACUGAUAAAAUUAAAGAUAAAAAGGACAAGCCUGAAGGUUCAAGAAAACCGGAACGUCCUGGGAAACCAGAGGGAUCUAAGAAAACCGGAAACGAUAAUGACGAUGAGACAGACUCCAAAGGUAAGAAAGUAACUGAAGAUAGAGGCGAAUCCUCUACUGAUAAAAUUAAAGAUAAAAAGGACAAGCCUGAAGGUUCAAGAAAACCGGAACAUCCUGGGAAACCAGAGGGAUCUAAGAAAACCGGAAACGAUAAUGACGAUGAGACAGACUCCAAAGGUAAGAAAGUAACUGAAGAUAGAGGCGAAUCCUCUACUGAUAAAAUUAAAGAUAAAAAGGACAAGCCUGAAGGUUCAAGAAAACCGGAACGUCCUGGGAAACCAGAGGGAUCUAAGAAAACCGGAAACGAUAAUGACGAUGAGACAGACUCCAAAGGUAAGAAAGUAACUGAAGAUAGAGGCGAAUCCUCUACUGAUAAAAUUAAAAAUAAAAAGGACAAGCCUGAAGGUUCAAGAAAACCGGAACGUCCUGGGAAACCAGAGGGAUCUAAGAAAACCGGAAACGAUAAUGACGAUGAGACAGACUCCAAAGGUAAGAAAGUAACUGAAGAUAGAGGCGAAUCCUCUACUGAUAAAAUUAAAGAUAAAAAGGACAAGCCUGAAGGUUCAAGAAAACCGGAACGUCCUGGGAAACCAGAGGGAUCUAAGAAAACCGGAAACGAUAAUGACGAUGAGACAGACUCCAAAGGUAAAAAAGUAACUGAAGAUAGAGGCGAAUCCUCUACUGAUAAAAUUAAAGAUAAAAAGGACAAGCCUGAAGGCUCAAGAAAACCGGAACGUCCUGGGAAACCAGAGGGAUCUAAGAAAACCGGAAACGAUAAUGACGAUGAGACAGACUCCAAAUGUAAGAAAGUAACUGAAGAUAGAGGCGAAUCCUCUACUGAUAAAAUUAAAGAUAAAAAGGACAAGCCUGAAGGUUCAAGAAAACCAGAACGUCCUGGGAAACCAGAGGGAUCUAAGAAAACCGGAAACGAUAAUGACGAUGAGACAGACUCCAAAGGUAAGAAAGCAACUGAAGAUAGAGGCGAAUCCUCUACUGAUAAAAUUAAAGAUAAAAAGGACAAGCCUGAAGGUUCAAGAAAACCGGAACGUCCUGGGAAACCAGAGGGAUCUAAGAAAACCGGAAACGAUAAUGACGAUGAGACAGACUCCAAAGGUAAGAAAGUAACUGAAGAUAGAGGCGAAUCCUCUACUGAUAAAAUUAAAGAUAAAAAGGACAAGCCUGAAGAUUCAAGAAAACCGGAACGUCCUGGGAAACCAGAGGGAUCUAAGAAAACCGGAAACGAUAAUGACGAUGAGACAGACUCCAAAGGUAAGAAAGUAACUGAAGAUAGAGGCGAAUCCUCUACUGAUAAAAUUAAAGAUAAAAAGGACAAGCCUGAAGGUUCAAGAAAACCGGAACGUCCUGGGAAACCAGAGGGAUCUAAGAAAACCGGAAACGAUAAUGACGAUGAGACAGACUCCAAAGGUAAGAAAGUAACUGAAGAUAGAGGCGAAUCCUCUACUGAUAAAAUUAAAGAUAAAAAGGACAAGCCUGAAGGUUCAAGAAAACCGGAACGUCCUGGGAAACCAGAGGGAUCUAAGAAAACUGGAAACGAUAAUGACGAUGAGACAGACUCCAAAGGUAAGAAAGUAACUGAAGAUAGAGGCGAAUCCUCUACUGAUAAAAUUAAAGAUAAAAAGGACAAGCCUGAAGGUUCAAGAAAACCGGAACGUCCUGGGAAACCAGAGGGAUCUAAGAAAACCGGAAACGAUAAUGACGAUGAGACAGACUCCAAAGGUAAGAAAGUAACUGAAGAUAGAGGCGAAUCCUCUACUGAUAAAAUUAAAGAUAAAAAGGACAAGCCUGAAGGUUCAAGAAAACCGGAACGUCCUGGGAAACCAGAGGGAUCUAAGAAAACCGGAAACGAUAAUGACGAUGAGACAGACUCCAAAGGUAAGAAAGUAACUGAAGAUAGAGGCGAAUCCUCUACUGAUAAAAUUAAAGAUAAAAAGGACAAGCCUGAAGGUUCAAGAAAACCGGAACAUCCUGGGAAACCAGAGGGAUCUAAGAAAACCGGAAACGAUAAUGACGAUGAGACAGACUCCAAAGGUAAGAAAGUAACUGAAGAUAGAGGCGAAUCCUCUACUGAUAAAAUUAAAGAUAAAAAGGACAAGCCUGAAGGUUCAAGAAAACCGGAACGUCCUGGGAAACCAGAGGGAUCUAAGAAAACCGGAAACGAUAAUGACGAUGAGACAGACUCCAAAGGUAAGAAAGUAACUGAAGAUAGAGGCGAAUCCUCUACUGAUAAAAUUAAAAAUAAAAAGGACAAGCCUGAAGGUUCAAGAAAACCGGAACGUCCUGGGAAACCAGAGGGAUCUAAGAAAACCGGAAACGAUAAUGACGAUGAGACAGACUCCAAAGGUAAGAAAGUAACUGAAGAUAGAGGCGAAUCCUCUACUGAUAAAAUUAAAGAUAAAAAGGACAAGCCUGAAGGUUCAAGAAAACCGGAACGUCCUGGGAAACCAGAGGGAUCUAAGAAAACCGGAAACGAUAAUGACGAUGAGACAGACUCCAAAGGUAAGAAAGUAACUGAAGAUAGAGGCGAAUCUUUUAAUAGUAACACAUCAGAAGGUGCUGAACGUGGAACUCCUUGCAAAAAUAAAGGAAAUAGUGAUGGAAAAUCUAGAAGCACUGAUAAUAGUGGAACUCAGUCUCAGGAGAAAAAGAAAAAGUCGCACGGAUCUAAAAAGAUAAUCAAUAACAACCAGUCCGAAUCCAAAGAUUUCCAAAGAUACAGUGAACUCAAGCGAUCGCAAUAUAGUGAAAACGACGAAAACCUCUCAAACAAUCAGAACGAUAAUGAAAAUGGUAACACUGUACGAUCCUCUGAGAGCGCGUACCAAUUUAAUCAACAGGAAUCAAAGAAAUCUAGCCAGAGAUCUUUCAGAAGUUUUCAAUCAAAUAGUGAAAAUAACGAUCCCAAUGAAUCUACCAAGGAAAUCAGCUCUAGCCAGUCCUCAUCGGAGAGCGCUUCAUCGUCUCGGAGCAGUUAUCAUUCUAGCAGCAUGCAAAGAAACCAAAAGACAUCGUUUGAUGAUGAUCAAAAUGAAUAGACAAAUAAAAUAUAUUUAGAACCAGAAUGGAUAUUACCGGGAUACACUUUUCAUAUCUAGCUACAAGAGAGCUUAACAGCAGUAAAUUUAGAAAUGAAGAAUUGGCGAACACUACUGUGGUUGCAGAUAUAUUAAGAAAAUCCAAUUAGAAUUCGAUUAUUAAUAGCAUCUAUCAAAUCGAUACCGAAAACAUUAUGUUUUUCAAAAACUCUUCCAUAAUAUUUACAAUAUAUUAUGCCAUUCCAAACAAAAAACAAACUAUUAAUACGAAUCAAGGUUCAAUGAAUAGGUUAUUUUCAAAGUAACCUGUUUCUGAGGCUUUAUAUAAAAAGUCAAAGAUGCAUAGAAAUAUGUGAGCUCGCCAAUGUCGAAUAUACGGUCUCACGUGCACAAGCUAAUAAUUAAAGUAGUGUUCGCUUUAAAAAAUAUAAUGUAUAGUAUUUCAAAGGUAUUUCCUGCAAGGAUUAGAUCGGUUGACAAUGACCACAGGCGAUUAAGUUAAAAUGGACAAAGAGAUUUUAGAAUAAGAAAAUUGUUUGAAGCAUUUAGAAAAGCGGCCGACAAGCCCCAAAAAAAAUUUAUGUGAAUUAACAAAUAAAGCAUUUGAAAUUUG